AUGAUGCUUGAAGAUUUUAAUACAUUGCCUUUAAUAAAAUCUAUAAGAGAAGAUAGUUUAGAUGAUGUAUUAAAGUUUUUAGAAAAUAAUUAUAAAGAAUAUGAAGUAGAUGAAAAUGGAGAAGCAAAAAAUAAAAUUGAAUUAGUCGAUAAACAAACACAAGCUACUCCCUUAUUUUAUGUAACAGCAAGAAAAAGUGAUGAAGAAUCAGUUGAAAUAUCAAAACUUAUUAUUGAAAAAUAUGCAAUAUGUAAUCCAAUAUCAAAAGAUUUAAUGAAACAAACUUGCUUAUUUUAUGCAGCUAGAGAAGGUCAUCUUAAUUUGUGUAAUUAUUUAAUAGAAAAGGGUUGUAACCCUAAUGAUCAAGAUAAUUUUGGACAAACAUGUUUAUUUUAUGCAUCAAGAGAAGGAAAAACAGAUUGUGUAUUAACAUUAAUAAAAAAAGGAGCAAAUCCAAAUUUACUAGAUUUAAACAAACAAACAUGUUUGUUUUAUGCAUGUAGAGAUGGAAGGUAUGAUACUGUUAAAUGUUUAUUAGAAAAUGGUGUUAAUCCAUCUGUAAAGGAUGCUCAAAGAAGAACAGCAUUAACAUUUGCAAAAGGGAAUGGUCAUAAUAAUAUUAUUAAUCUACUUAAAAACAUGGGUACAUUCAGUAGGUCUUCAAUUGACAGUAAUGCACAGUUGGGAAAUAUCACAAUGUUGAGAAGAAAUUCAUCUAGCUAUAUAGCGGCUAGCUCACCAAACGAAAGUAACCUGAACAAUCAGACUGUUCAGGCGGAAAACGUCCCCAACGUAAAUUUUAAAACUGAAGAUAAUCAACUGAGGAAAAAGUACAAGCUUCAAUACAAGCCUCUGUCCGAUGAAGACCCAUUAUUGUGGGUCGAUGCUCCUUUAAUAAAAAUAAAAGAAUUUGAAAGAAAAUUUCCUGAAUUAGCUUUAUGGCCUAAAAAUGUAUCCCAAUCAAAUGUAGAAGUGAAUAACGCUAAUGAUGCAUUUAAUAAACAAUGGUAUUUAUUAGCUAAUCAAUUAAUAUUAAGUUUAAGUAAAUAUGAAGGUGGUCAUAUAUUUGAGAAAUUAGUGGAUGCAAAGAAACAGAAUUGUCCAGAUUAUUAUGAUGUAAUUAAAAACCCAAUGUCAUUUAGUUGUAUUAAAACAAAAUUAAAGAAGGGUCAAUAUGCUUAUCCUUCAGAAUUUGUAAAAGAUGUUCAAUUAAUUUUUGAUAACUGUAGUUUAUAUAAUACUUCAAAUUCGGUAGUAGCAAUUACAGGAAAAAAUAUAGAAACUUAUUUUAAUAAUCAGUUAAUAGUAAUUGGUUAUAAUAAUUUCAUUUUAAAAGAACAAAAAAUUAAUGAGAAUUUAAAACUUGUAGAAGAAGAAAAUAUUAAGUGGAGCAAUGAAAAAGAAGAUCAAAUAAAGGAAGUAGACGAAUUAGAAAAUAAUCAGGAGGAAGGUUCAAAAAAGGAAUGA